AUGGAGCAAGACCUCGGGAAUUCAAGGAGGAUUGCGGAGGAGUCCGCGGAUCCGACCAGCCAACAACAACACGAAGACAAUACGAUAUAUCCUCAUUUCAAGGGCGACGAGAACGGAAUCGGUUCCAUUGAUGUCAAUCAAGAAAACGAGACAGGACCCGAAAGUGAUGGUCUCACCAGACAAUCAACCCCUACAACCGUCCUAGCCCGAACUCUCUUCUUCAUCUGCAUGAGAGAAUCAGGACGAGACCCCGGCCCCCCUCCCGACGGCGGCUUCAAGGCCUGGUCCCAAGUCGCGCUGGCCCAUCUUGUCAUGUGCAACACAUGGGGGUACAUCAACAGCUUUGGCGUCUUUCAGACGUACUAUACCGAAACCCUGCACCGCCCGCCCUCGGAUAUCUCCUGGAUCGGUAGCGUCCAGACCUUUCUGCUCUUUUUCAUCGGAACCUUUUCUGGAAGAGCGACCGAUGCUGGGCUUUUCAAGCUCACUUGGGUGAUUGGCGCAACGGCUGAAGUUGUUAGUAUCUUUUUGACUUCACUCUGCACCCAAUACUGGCAGUUGUUCCUCACGCAGGGAGUCCUCCAAGGCAUCGGAUGCGGUCUCAUGUUCUGUCCCACCAUGUCUCUGGUACCAACAUACUUCACCAAACGACGAGCCCUCGCCAUGGGGAUUGUAGCGACUGGUUCGGCUACAGGAGGACUGGUCCUCCCUGGAAUCGUGAACGCUCUUCUACCACGGGUAGGAUUUGCCUGGACGAUGCGCACUCUCGGGUUCAUCACCCUGGGUUCUCUUCUUCCGAGCCUGCUUUUCCUCCAACAGCGGCUUCCGCCGCGAAAGAGUGGUCCGAUCGUCGAAUGGGUGGCGUUCAAGGAGGCGCCCUAUUCGCUCUUUGCCAUCGGCAUGUUCUUCGUCUUCUUGGGUCUGUAUAUUGGUUUCUUCUACAUCGGGAGUUAUGCGACAAAUACUCUUCACGCGUCGGAGUCAACUUCCAUAAACCUGGUCAUGGUCAUGAAUGCCGUCGGCAUUGUCUCUCGUAUUAUCCCCUGCUUUUGUGUGGACAUGUGGACGGGCCCGAUGAAUCUGCUUGUCCCGUUCAGCCUUCUCAGUGCAAUUAUCGCCUAUGCCUGGGCCGGAGUCGACAGCGUCGGGGGACUGUACGCAUUCUCGGUAGUUUAUGGUGCUGUCACGGCCGCAGUGCAAGGCAUCUUCUCCGUCACGCUGACCACACUGACAGCCGACCUCAAAAAGACCGGCGUCAGGUAUGGGAUGGUUCUGAGCAUUCUCAGCAUUGAUGUCUUGACAGGGAACCCGAUUGCAGGGGCAUUGAUACAGAUAGAUGACGGUGAAUAUCUAUACAUGCAGAUGUUCAUGGGUAGCUCCAUGCUAGUGGGGACCUUAGCUCUGGCUGGCGCAAGAAUUGCCAAGUCGGGCGUCGCAUGGGUUCGAACAUAA